CCCGUUUUCCAAAGAAGCAGCCGGUCCCCUCCCUGUCAGUGGUUUCUCCAUCCCUUCACGGACAUAUUUUAGCCGUCCGUCUGUCCGUCUGUUCCUCUCCUCCUCCCCUUGGUGCCCCCGGACGAAGAAAGAGAGAGGUAGAGAGAGAGCGGUAGAGAGAGAGAGAGAGGUAGAGAGAGAGAGAGAGGACGCUGUGCCAGGACGUUUUGGGCUUAACGGUGCGGGCGAAGGUAGACUUUUCGGGGUGGGGAUGGUGAGGGGCUUUCUCGGCACUGCUGCAUCUCGAACAGCCGGACCAAGGACAUGAGAGGGUGUAAGACGGCGGGGAAGCGGGCGUCGUACCCUUGUCUUUGACGACGACCGUCCGUGUGUCCCUCUCUCGGCUCCUGGAUGGCCGCGCAGGUGACGGAGAGAAGAUGAUGGUCUGCAACGAAGGAGGAUGUUAUUGAAUUCGCUUGGAGAGCACUCGGCCACCAUGACAGCGACAUUUCAAAAGAAAACGGUAUUUCUCAUUUUCUUCCGUACUCGAGAUUGUGUACUCUGAGAGAGAGAAAGAGAGAGAAAAAAGACGCAUUAUUAGCAAAUGUCAGUUUUCCUCAUUGGCUCGAGGCUCGUCGGAGCGCACUGGUGAAACAAAUGCGAGGUGGCGGGAGCCACAUUAUUGCCAACACCGUGGCAAACAUUGCGGAUGUUUCUAAAUAAAUAAAUUACAUGGCUUUCCCCUUUUUUCCCAAUGCCCUUUUUUGGUUGAGUUGAACGUCGCGGACGGGCAUCACUAAAGGCCGACAAUUAUUUUUGAUUUAUUGUCGACAGACUCAUUUAUCGGGGCCUGUGUGAUAUCAGAAGGCAUCUGGAGAGUCAAUAAUUGCUGUCAUAAGAGUAAAUAAAUAAAUGGUGCCGACGGGGUGCAGGAGGCUGCGGCGGGCUCUGAUGCAGCCAUGAACCCACGGAGAACAUGAAACAUUCAUGUUAACGCGCUACAUUCUCCCCAUGGUUCCACGUCGGUGGGGCGAUUCCUGCUUCACACUGACAUAAGAACCGCCCGAGAAGGAGACACCCUACAGUACCAAACCCCACAGUGCAACCAGCAAGCCAGUCGACCAACACAUUCUUUUUUUUUGUUGGUCUUCACACCCACAAUUGGCUGCUGGCAGAGACGCGCAGGAAAGGAGACGUUCGGCUACAUGGGCGUCCACGGCUGCUGAAACAACAAGACAACCCGUUUUGGCAUAUGAGACGUUCCGAUCCAAAUGGGAUGUAAUGUUGUGUGGCUGCACAGCUGAGCAUUGGUCUCCUUCUCCGCUGCUUCGUGAAGAUUGGCUUUCGGUGUCCAGAGAAUGGCGCGGUUCGAAAACGAGGUGCAGUCAAGGUACGGCGGCGGGCCCGGCCCAGGUGGUCCGGGCGGCCGAGGUGGCAGCAGACAAGGGGGACCCCACGGUCACGGCCAUGGCCACGGACACGGUCCACCCGGAGGGCCAGGCACCCAGAGAAUGUACAAGCAGUCUAUGGCGCAGAGAGCCCGGACCAUGGCGCUCUACAACCCCAUCCCCGUGCGCCAGAACUGCUUCACCGUCAACCGCUCGCUGUUCAUUUUCAGCGAGGACAACUUCGUCAGAAAAUACGCCAAAAAGAUCACCGAAUGGCCUCCAUUUGAGUGGAUGAUUCUCGCCACCAUCAUUGCCAACUGCAUCGUCUUGGCUCUGGAACAACAUUUGCCUGAUGGGGACAAGACACCGCUCUCUGAGCGCCUGGAUGAUACAGAGCCGUACUUCAUAGGGAUCUUCUGUUUUGAGUCAGGAAUAAAGAUUCUGGCGCUAGGUUUUGCCUUCCACAAGAACUCCUACCUGAGGAAUGGAUGGAACGUCAUGGACUUCGUGGUGGUGCUCACAGGGAUCCUGUCCACUGUGGGAUCAGAUUUCGACUUGCGGACCCUCAGGGCUGUGCGAGUACUGAGGCCCCUCAAACUGGUUUCCGGUAUUCCCAGCUUACAGGUGGUGCUCAAAUCCAUCAUGAAGGCCAUGAUUCCUCUGCUGCAAAUUGGCCUGCUUCUUUUCUUUGCCAUCCUCAUGUUUGCCAUCAUCGGUCUGGAGUUCUACAUGGGGAAAUUCCACACCACCUGCUUUGACAAUCACACAGGGGAGAUCCGAGAAGAGUUUCCAUGCGGGACGGAGCCCCCGUCGCGGCUGUGUCCCGAGGGCACAAUGUGCAGACAGUACUGGCUGGGACCCAACUACGGCAUCACACAGUUUGACAACAUCCUGUUUGCCAUCCUCACCGUCUUCCAGUGUAUCACCAUGGAGGGCUGGACGGACCUGCUCUACUACAGCAACGACGCCUCAGGGAGUGCAUGGAACUGGAUGUACUUCAUCCCUCUCAUCAUCAUUGGCUCCUUCUUCAUGCUCAACCUGGUGCUGGGUGUUUUGUCAGGGGAGUUUGCCAAAGAGAGGGAGCGUGUGGAGAACAGAAGCGAGUUCAUGAAGCUCAGAAGACAGCAGCAGAUCGAAAGGGAACUCAAUGGUUAUCUGGAGUGGAUCUGCAAAGCCGAAGAGGUCAUCUUGGCGGAUGAUGACAAUGAAAACGAAUACGAUGGCUCCCGUAGAAGAGCCACAAAGAACCAUAAGAGCAAAGCUGAGCUGCUGAACCCAGAGGAAGGAGAGGGAGACCUGGCAGUCGGGUCACCCUUCGCCCGCGCCAGCUUGAAAAGCUCCAAGCUCGAAGGAUCAGAUUUCAAGCGGCGGGAGCGCCGGCUACGCUUCCUGAUCCGCCACGUGGUCAAGUCCCAGGCCUUCUACUGGGGCGUGCUGUGUCUGGUGGGCCUGAACACCCUGUGUGUGGCUGUAGUGCACUACGACCAGCCAGAUCCACUGUCAGAUUUUCUAUAUUUUGCUGAAUUAAUCUUCCUGGGGAUAUUUUUGACGGAGAUGAUGGUGAAGAUGUAUGGCCUGGGGAAACAGGCCUAUCUCACCUCCUCAUUCAACUGCUUCGACUGCAUUGUGAUAUGUGGCAGUAUAUUUGAAGUGCUGUGGUCCAUCAUCCAGCCGGGCACAUCGUUCGGCAUCAGUGUGCUACGAGCUCUCAGGUUAUUGAGGAUUUUCAAAGUCACAAAGUACUGGGCAUCUUUGCGUAACCUCGUCGUCUCUCUGCUUAACUCCAUGAAGUCCAUCAUCAGCUUGCUCUUUCUGCUCUUCCUCUUCAUAGUUGUCUUUGCUCUCCUGGGCAUGCAGCUCUUCGGAGGACAGUUUAAUUUUGAAACAGGGACCCCUUCAACCAACUUCGAUACUUUCCCUGCAGCAAUAAUGACAGUAUUCCAGAUCCUGACUGGCGAGGACUGGAAUGUGGUGAUGUACGAUGGCAUCAAGUCUCAGGGCGGAGUCAACAAGGGAAUGGCCUUCAGUGUCUUCUUUAUCGUCCUCACACUUUUUGGCAACUACACUCUGCUGAAUGUGUUCUUGGCCAUCGCUGUGGAUAAUUUAGCCAACGCACAGGAGCUGACCAAGGAUGAACAGGAGGAAGAGGAGGCUGCCAGUCAGAAGAUCGCCCUGCAGAAAGCCAAGGAGGUGGCUGAAGUCAGCCCGCUGUCUGCCGCCAACCUUUCCAUUGCAGCCAACAAAGUACACACUGAGUGUCACAACGCUACCGACCCCUUUCUGGACUGUAAGGAGCAGCAGAAAAAUAACAAGGGGAUCAACAAGUCAGUGUGGGAACAGCGCACCAAGGAGCUGAGGAGGCAGACCAUAGUGUCCAGCCGCGAGGCCCUCUAUAACGAGCUGGACCCCGACGAGCGUUGGAAGGCAAGGACGGGGAGGGAGGAGCAAAACAAUGUGAACCACUCCCGCAACGUCCGUCCAGACAUGAAGACCCACCUCGAUCGCCCUUUGGUGGUCGACCCUCUUGAGAACCGCAACAACAAUACCAACAAGACCACCGCAAACAACUCCGACCUCUGCUUCAGCCAGCAGCGUCCCGCCGAAGAGCUCCACAGACAAACCUGCCUGCACGAACAGAGUGGCCCGGCGGGAGGUGGCGGCGGAGGAGGCUCAGCUCUGGUCAGGCCUCCCCUGGCUCGCGGCGAAUCCACCGAGAGUAGGCGGAGCCGCAAAGGCGAGCACCACCACCACCACCACGGCUCUCACGUCCGAUUGGAUGCCACGGUGAUUCCCGGGCCGGGCUCGGAGGAGAGACCCUCCAGGCGCCACCACCACGCCCGCAGCGGCAGUCGAGGCGCCGGGCAGGCGGAGCACCGGAAGCCCAGGUCACACCGCAAGAGUGCUGAGGACGGUGUGGAUGGCGAGGGACGGGCCGGGAAAACGGGGAGGCACAGGAACAAGGGGGUCGACGGAGCUGGAGAAGGAGGAGAGCAGGAGGGAGCUGGGGAUGGCAGUGAGAGGAGGCCGAGGAGAAAUCGCCAUGGAAACCAAACGGACGGCGAGGGGAAAAGGAUGUGCCAGCACAGAAGGAAGGAGUGCAGCGUCCCCAACCUCUCCACCACGCGGCCCAUUCAAAAAAGCCUCUCCAGGCAGGACAGCCAGUACAGCGAGGAUCUGGACAACCUCAUGAACACCAAACUGGUCUCUGGCUCCACCCCACCCGGCGAAGGUCACCCCAAUUUAGUUGCCCACCACAUUGUGGCCCCGGGCUUCGGGUCUGCCCUCCAUCUUGCUAACAGCAGCGCUCACGGGAGUCUGGUCACGUUGGAUAGCUACGGGAGCAUCGCCCAUCACCGCACCAACAGCGUCCUCAGGCUGCACCACCCCGACUACACGGCUUUGGACAUGCCGAUUUUUCCUUCCACCAAUGCCAUACUGCAGGUCAAUAAGAAUGCUAACACAGAGCCGCUGCCAGCAAAGGAGGAUAAGGACGACGACGAUGAUGAGAAGGGGGCAGAAGGCGGACGCAAGCCGAUGCCUCCCUUCAGCUCCAUGUUCAUCCUCUCCACCACCAACCCGUUCCGGAGGGCGUGUCACUACAUCUGCACCCUACGAUACUUUGAGAUGUGUAUCCUGCUGGUCAUUGCCAUGAGCAGUAUUGCCCUGGCAGCUGAAGACCCCGUGUGGCCCGAAUCCCCUCGCAACAACGUUCUGCGUUAUUUUGACUAUGUCUUCACUGGUGUGUUCACGUUUGAGAUGCUGAUAAAGAUGGUGGAUCUAGGGCUCGUCUUGCACCAGGGCUCUUACUUCCGGGACUUGUGGAACAUCCUUGACUUUAUAGUGGUUAGUGGUGCUCUGGUGGCCUUCGCCUUCACGGGUAGCAGUAAAGGAAAAGACAUCAGCACUAUCAAGUCUCUGAGGGUGCUGAGAGUGUUGCGACCUCUGAAGACCAUUAAACGUCUUCCUAAACUCAAGGCCGUCUUUGACUGUGUGGUGAACUCUCUGAAGAAUGUGCUCAACAUCCUGAUAGUCUACUUACUCUUCAUGUUCAUCUUUGCUGUGGUGGCUGUGCAGCUGUUCAAGGGACGCUUCUUUUACUGCACUGAUGAAUCCAAAGAGUUUGAGCGCGAUUGCAGAGGCGAAUAUCUGGUGUAUGAACGUGAUAACGAAGUGAAGGCGCAGAAGCGGGAGUGGAAGAAGUACGAUUUCCACUACGACAACGUGGCUUGGGCCCUCCUCACCCUCUUCACCGUUUCUACCGGAGAGGGGUGGCCGCAGGUACUGAAGCAUUCAGUGGAUGCGACUUAUGAGAACCAGGGCCCGAGCCCGGGGUACCGGAUGGAAAUGUCCAUCUUUUACGUGGUGUACUUCGUGGUCUUCCCCUUCUUCUUCGUCAACAUCUUCGUGGCUCUCAUCAUCAUCACCUUCCAAGAGCAAGGAGACAAGAUGAUGGAGGACUACAGCUUAGAAAAGAACGAGAGAGCCUGCAUAGACUUUGCCAUUAACGCCAGACCUCUGACCCGCCACAUGCCUCAGAACAAGCUGAGCUUUCAAUACCGAAUGUGGGAGUUUGUGGUUUCGCCGCCAUUUGAGUACACUAUCAUGGCGAUGAUCGCGCUCAACACGGUCGUGCUGAUGAUGAAGUAUGACGGAGCUUCGGAAACCUAUGAAGCUGUUUUAGCCAACCUGAACAUCGUGUUUACCUCCCUCUUCUCCAUGGAGUGUGUACUCAAGAUCAUUGCCUUUGGAGUGCUGAAUUAUUUCAAAGAUGCCUGGAAUAUUUUUGACUGUGUCACAGUUCUGGGCAGUAUUACUGACAUCUUGGUUACAGAGCUUGGGAAUAAUUUCAUCAACCUAAGUUUCCUGAGGCUGUUCAGGGCAGCUCGUCUCAUCAAGCUGCUGAGGCAGGGAGAAACCAUCCGUAUCUUGCUCUGGACCUUCGUACAGUCCUUCAAGGCACUGCCAUAUGUCUGCCUGCUCAUUGCCAUGCUGUUCUUCAUUUACGCCAUCAUCGGCAUGCAGCUGUUUGGGAAUAUCGCUAUUGAAGAAGACGGAGAGAGCGCCAUCAACCAGCACAACAACUUCAGGACCUUCGUAAUGGCUCUCAUGCUGCUCUUCAGGAGUGCAACAGGAGAGUCGUGGCACGAGAUAAUGCUUUCGUGUCUGGGGAGCAAAGGGUGUGACCCUCUGUCGGGGAAUAACGAGCCAGAGUGUGGGAGCCAGUUUGCCUACCUCUACUUUGUCUCCUUUAUCUUCUUCUGUUCAUUUUUGAUGCUGAAUCUGUUUGUAGCCGUCAUCAUGGACAACUUUGAGUACCUAACUAGAGAUUCUUCCAUACUGGGACCUCACCACCUGGAUGAGUAUGUCAGGAUAUGGGCCGAGUAUGAUCCUGCUGCCUGUGGCAGGAUCAGUUGCAGGGAAAUGUAUGACAUGCUGAGGCACAUGUGUCCUCCACUGGGCCUCGGGAAGAGGUGUCCAGCACGGGUGGCCUACAAGAGACUGCUUCGUAUGGAUCUGCCCGUGGCCGACGACAACUCGGUCCACUUCAACUCCACCCUCAUGGCCUUGAUCCGCACAGCACUGGACAUCAAGAUCGCCAAGGGCGCGGAAGGUGGCAUUGACAAGCACCAGAUGGACGCAGAGCUGAGGAAAGAGAUGAUGGCGAUCUGGCCCAACCUCUCCCAGAAGACUCUGGAUUUGCUGGUCACACCACACAAGUCAGCCACAGACUUGACAGUGGGGAAAAUCUACGCCGCUAUGAUGAUCAUGGAGUACUACCGCCAGAGCAAGAUCAAGCGGUCGCAGGCCCUUCGGGAUGAGCAGAAUCGAACGCCAUUACUGUUUCAGCGCGUGGAGCCUCCUUCCCCCACCCAGGAUGGGGGACCGGGACUCAACAACGCCCUGCCUCCGCCUGAGGCCACAGAGACGGUCAACAGCCUGCCGGUGGAGGGGGGGGUCCCGGAGAGCCAGUCAUGGGUCACGGCUCGUGCCCAGGAGAUGUCCCAGAAGACUGGCAGCUGGACCCCCGAGGGACACCCUGAGGACGGCCUGGGACGCAUGAGCAACUCUCAGACGGUAGAGAUGAGAGAGAUGGGGCAAGAUGGUUACUCGGAUACUGAGCACUUUCCACCAAUGGAAGGCCAUGGCAGGGCCGCUUCCAUGCCCCGCCUCCCAGGCGACAAUCAACAGCGGAGGAAAGGGAGACAACGUGGCAGUAACCUCAGUACCAUCAAUGACAGCAGCUCCAUGAAGCGCUCGGCCUCGUCGCUGGGCCACAGCCGGUGUGGCCGGGGCCAGAGAGACCGAGGCGGUGCGGACGACUACAGCAUGGAGUGCGUGCCCGAGGAGGGGAGAACUUCCAGACACGGACACCGGCGAAAAGACCGGGGUCAUCGCGCAUCCGAAAGGUCCCUCUGUCGCUACACGGAGGCUGACACAGGCCUGGGCACAGACCUGAGCACGACCACCCAGUCGGGGGACCUCACGUCCAAAGACAAGGAUCGCGACCGAGAUCGCGGCCGGUCCAAAGACCGCAAGCACCACCACCACCAUCACCACCACCACGGCUCGGUGGACAAGGAGCGCUACGUAGCAGAGCGAGGGGCCGACUACGGACACAGGAACUCCCGCGACAGGGAGCACGAGAGGGAGCACGAGAGGGAGCACGAGAGGGAGCACGAGAGGGAGCACGAGAGGGAGUACGACAGGGAGCACGACAGGGAGAGGGACCGCCGCUGGUCAAGGUCGCCCAGCGAGGGUCGCGAGUGCAUGACGCACAGACAGGGCAGUAGUUCAGUCAGCGGAAGUCCCGUCCCCUCAACCUCGGGGACCAGUACGCCCCGACGAGGCCGUCGACAGUUGCCUCAGACCCCUGCGACGCCUCGGCCGCAUGUCACCUACUCCCCCGUGGUCCGCAAGGCCAUGCCCACACCACCUGGGGGGGCGCAGGGCCGACCCCCGGCCCCAGCCCCCCGCCGCUUUUCUCCUGAGCCUCCCCAAGGGCAGGGUCCUCCUCCGGCUGGCCCCCCGCCGAUGGCUCACCAUGGCGCGUCCCGCCAAGGUCAUCAUCCCCCAGCCCGCUGGGGGGACUCGGGUGGAGGAGGCGGCUCCGUGGAAGGCGAUGGCUGCUUCUACGAUCAGGACUACCAGGACUACGAGCCCCACCACGAACCACCUGCCUACGAGCAGAACCCCCCGCAGGGUGGCAACCCCCACCCCCAUUCUCUAGCCAACCACCCUCUGCCGCCUCCCCCACAACUACAGCCCCACAACCCCCAUCCGCCCCCUCCCCCGCAGCCGCACCCUGUCAACAACCCCCAACCCCACCCCCACCCCCACCCGCAGCCCCACCCUCAGCCCGGUCGCGUCUCAGCCAGAACUGCUGGCCAAGCGCCGCCCCCCACCACCGCCCUGACGGGGCCUUUGCCGGGCCAGAUGCAGCCCGCCGCCCAGCGCCGCUUGCCCAACGGCUACCGCUCGUCAUCGCCAUCCACGCACCCCCAUGGACCCCCGCAUACGGGGCCUCACAAGGUCCCCCCUCCAGCCGGCCACCCGAGAGGUCCCCGCAAGGGCAUGCAUGAACCCUACAGUGAGACGGAGGACGAUGACUGGUGCUAGCCUCUGGGGAAGGGGAGGGGGGGCCGGGGGGGGGUGAUGGUGGGACGCUCUGAGCCAGGGCUCUGACCGCCAUGGGGAGCCACAAAUCUUUCUUUCUUGCCUGUUGAAUAUUUUUCUCUUCCGCCAGGUGAUGCUGGGCUUAGAGGAAGAGAUGGGUUUUAGGAUGAAGGGGUGGAACAAGAAUGCAGAGGCAGGAUCUGAGGGGCGACCACCUCCGUGUUCUGCUUGCGUUGUUGUUGCAUUCAUAUCUUGAUGCCAAAUAAGACCAACUCAAACUUACAGUAUUUAAGGAUGCAAGCAGGAAGGCUGAUGGACACUGGUCGUUGUGUGUCUUAAAUUCCGCCUCUGGGCAACGAGAGGCUACAGCCACUUACAAGAUGUCAAGAGUUGCGACUCGACAAAAGACACUUUACAAGCAGAGACAAAAAAGAAAGACCACUGUUUUUUGUUGUUGUUUUUUUUGCAUCUCAAAGCUAACUUCAGUUAAGUUAGCUGCAAAAAGAAUUGAAUCCAAAUCUCCCGCCCACCAGUUGAAUAUUGAUGAGUUUUAUCAUCUGUGUUUUUAAAUAAGAACAAAAACUGUCAAUGAGCCCUCCGCCUGUAUGAGGCGAGGAGGCUGGGUGAAAGAGUUGUGGAUUGUAGCACCGGGUCGAUGAGUCAAAAUCUAGACGACAGGAUGGGUGUGUUUGGGAUGUACAACGUUGUUCCCUGCCCCCCCCCCCCUCCCCCGGAAGAAAAAAAAAACAAUGUAACCAACCUCAGCCCUGCCCUGUGAGAGAAGAAAAACAGAAACGUGGAGAUGGGGCGUCAGAAACAACAAACAAACAAACCCAUAGCUGUUUUCUGCGGCAUUUCUUCUUCUAUUCCUGCCUCUUCUUCCUCCUUCUCUUUAACUUCUUUAAAACAUUGAAGCUUGAUUCUUCUGUUGCACCCCACACAGCUUCGUUUUUUCGACUUGCGGAGUUGUACACCUUGUGGAAUCCUGCAUGAAUGAUACAAAAAAAAGAAAUAAUAAUAGCAUCAAUAAAAAUUUACUGUAUGUGGAGGGAGGGGGGGGGUAUACUAUUGGUCCUUUCUGUUGUGGUCUGCAGGGUUUCUCUCUUUUUGAUUAAAAAUUCCUUUUUGUUUCUCCCUCUCUCCCUAUGACGUUCCUCUCACUUUCCUUCAUUUACACUCAAAUCAAGUGACAGGAAGUUAUAGGCAGAUUGGUUCAUCGGCGUAAUGUUUAACUGAACUCAACGAAAUGAUUACUUUUUGCUUGCUUGUCUGAAUAUCCUGUGCGAGAUGCCUGCCACUGAUACAGCUGGAAUUGCACAUUGUUUUUGUGGAGUCAAACCUUUUGUAAUAACCGUAACGGGGAAGCAGGGUAAAAGUGAAUAGAAUAUGCGAUGUCCAUGUUGGCGAACAAGUCCUACAAACAGUUACAUCUCAAAGUCUUCCACGGUUUGGGGUUGAAACAGAGACAUCCGAGAGAAAGGAGAGAAACUCUUCAUCGUUGUUUCUUUGUUAUUGACCGUAAUGAUGGAUGAGCAGAUAAUGUGAUACCUUCUAAUGAUCAUGAUGAUCUUGAUAAUGGGACAGAUUAUCCAUUUCUUUUUGUUUGGUUUGAUAUCUGUUCUGUAUGUUUGUUUGUUUUCGGAGCUCAGCUAAUCAUUUUUCCAACCCCGGGGUGGAGCUCAAGCCCACAGUUGCAUUGUGGGAGAAUGAGUCAGCAGGUCAUGCAUGAUGCUGAGAUAAUCCCUAGCAGUCGAUAGUUCUGCCUUUCUCGUCACGGGAAUUUGGACAAUGGGGGAGUUUCAUUGUGAGUCCCCUUUAAAAAAAAAACAGCAGUUUAAACGGAUGCAUCUUCUCUCCUGCGGACGCUGAAGCAGAGUUCCACCACCGCUUGUGACCUUCCAGUGGUGCUGUACGACAAACACCGACCCUCUAGUUUUUUGUACUUCUCCUCCAACUUCACUUGUGAUCAUACGCGCACCCAAGAAAACUGCUUAGCUCAUUCUCUCACUUGUAAGCCGUUCAGGUGGGUUGGAGAAAAGAUGUCUUGGCCUUGUCAUGGUCAUGGAAAACAUCCGUGUGCAUCACUCGUGUAUAUCUUGUAUUUAUUUCCGUGUGUUACUCUUGUGUGCCUCAAUCCAACACUUACGUCACUAACGCACACCACUGUCAACCCAAACGUUAUUCUUAUCAUUUGUAUUGGUUUGGCCCGCGUUCUACUCGGAGGCCUAUCACACGUUGACCAGAGAAUGCACCGAAAAAAAAAAGGAAAAGAAAAAAAAACUGCCUAUUAGUGUCUUUCCAACAUCAGUGGAAUGUCACAGACAAGUAUUUUUUCAAAUCAGAAAGCACACCGAGUAUGUAGCUGCUGGUUGUGGUGUGUGUGUGUGUGUGUGUGUGCGUGUAAGUAUGUGUGUGUUAGUGGGGGUUCCAUGUAUGCGUGUGUGUAUGAAGUAUGUGUUAGAGAUGCAUUUUUGGUGUUUUGUUUUCAUGCUUAGUUUGCUUUCUAUUUUUUUUUUUCUCUCCAAAAAUCCUUUUGAAAUCUUUAAAAAACGUAUUAGUCAAAUCAUUGUAACAAUCUUUAAAUUUGUAAUUUUUUGUAUGUGUGCGUGAGCGUGUGUGUUGUCAGACACCCCCCUGAAUGAAACAAAGCCCCCAAAACAUUCACCAUCCAUCUUUGUGUCUAUACUGCAGUGGAAACCACUAACACGCUGAUUAACCACACAAAGUCUUCAAAAAGCAAUGUAUAGCCGCUACUGAGAAGAGAAACAAAAAAAAAAAGUUUUUUUUUUAAGUAAGAUUUAAAAAAAACAAGGAAAAAAUAUCUAGUUCCAGAAAUGCAUGUGCUAUGUGCAUGCCACACCGUGGGUUAACAGUCAUCUUCAGGACAUAAAAGAAAAAGCAGAUUAAUGAAUUCAGAGGAAUUAACAAAAAAAAAAAAGAUAUAUAGGUAGAUAGAUGUUUUUAAAAAGCAACGUUUCCUUUUUUUCUUCUAUUUUUGAAAACAAAAAAGGUUAAAAAUGACCAAAAAAAAUGUUUAAAGAAUAAAACCACAAAAGAGACUUUGGUGAGAGUUUAUUUUCGUCUGUUACAUGGGGUUGAGACACAACACAACCAUGUUUGCGACACCACAAUAGGAACUGUUUUAAAAAAUAUAUACAAGCAAAGAAAAGUAAGUACAGUUCGGGUGGUGUAUUCUUCCUUCUACUUUUUGUGGGGGUCACAGGGUGCAGGAGCCAAUUCCGAUGAUGUGCUCAUUAAAACUGGCUGUGGAACCUUUGAUCUCUCACGCACUCCCUCUCUCUCUCUCUCUCUAACUCUGUCUCUCUCACACUUUUAUCUUUAGCUGUCGCACUCUCAAGCUGUCUCACCGCUAUUUCUACAAGUGCAUUUUGUAAUUCCAAACAGAACUCUUCCUAAAGAUUAAAAUCCAGAGAGAAUGCAAACCCA